GUAAAAAAGAGAUGUGCCUGGAUACAUGUGUACAGGAUCCAGAGAGGGCGUCGAGCUGUGCACAAGUCGAUGGAGGGGCAGGUUCUGAUGCACGUGGGAGAGUUUCAAAAGAGAUGUUGGGAUGUGAUCGCUUAACAGAAACCGAGACUCGAGCUCCAGACGGGGGCUGGGGUUGGAUGUGUGUUUUAGGGUUUUUUACUGUGAACAUUCUCGGAGCUGGCAUGGACAGGACGUUUGGAGUAAUCUACCUUAUUCUGAUUGAUAUGUUUGGUUCUAGUGCCAAAUUGACAGGAGGCAUCUUGUCGGUCUUUUCUACGUGUCGUUAUUGUCUAGGUCCAGUAAGCAGCUCCCUGGCCAAUAUAUUCACAGCCCGGAAGGUGGUAAUAUGCGGUGGUUUGUUAAGCAGUCUGGGGCUGAUACUUAGUGCCUUCCCACCACAUAUCUACUAUCUGUUCUUUACCUUCGGAAUAGUUGCAGGAAUAGGAGCUGCUUUUGGCGCUACCCCUAGUGCAGUGAUUGUAGGGCAGUAUUUCCACAAAAAGCGUGCACUUGCCAACAGUAUUGCCUCCAUGGGUGCUGGGAUAGGUUCCUUGGUUCUACCGCCGUUUCUCACUUAUCUAGUAUAUCACUACGACUACAGUGGCCAGAUGCUCAUUAUGGGGGCUAUCAUGUUGAACCAAGUGGUAGGCGGCGCCCUCUUUAGACCUCUGACUCCCAAGAGAAAGCACGAAGGAAACAUACCUUCUACAACGACAAGAAAUAUAAAGGAAUGCCCUGAACCUAAUGGCAAUCCCAAAACUAUUAAUGAAAUGAAACAGACGGAAGAUUCCCAAACAAUUGACAUUACAACAGCUGUUAAAUUGGAAACUAUUUUGGGUCACAAAAAUUUAACAGCAGUGACAGGAACAAGUGAAUGCCCAAAAUCACUGCCAGAUACAUUCCCUGAGAGUACACAGGAGGAAAAGUGUUCACAAACAUUGGGAAAUCCUGUCAAGAAAAGCACAAUCUGGGAGAGAAAUGCGGUACUCCGUGAACUACGCGUCUAUGGUAAUCUUCUAAAAGAUGCCCGCUUUUUGACCUUUGCGUUGAACUGGACAUGUCUAGCUAUGGGUCCUUCAACGGGUCUAAUGUUCCUUGGUGCAAUAGCAGAAGAGCACGGUGUACCACGAAGUCAGUCGCCACUCCUUUAUUCCAUACAAUUUUUGUGA